GACCUCGUAUGAGUGGCAAUGAAAGUAUAAAAGCGCUUGAUGCUGCAUGUCAGCCUCUGCAGUCGGAAUUUACAUUUCAUUUCAUUCUUCAUAUCCGAGCGGUUGAAGAAAUCCAACACAAUCUCACAUUUCGAAGAAGAAUUCGAAUCGGUAUCACCUCAAAAUUCACAAUGGCUAUGUCUGCAUCGAGACGCGAAGGGAGGCGAAUCGCCGCCUCCCUCUUCUCACCUCUCACCAUUCGCCACUCUCUCGCUUCGUCCGAGGAGUAUGCACUUUCGGGAGUUCGUUCUAUUUCAACUCAAGUUGUCCGCAACCGUAUGAAGAGUGUUAAGAAUAUUCAGAAAAUCACAAAAGCAAUGAAGAUGGUUGCAGCUUCAAAGCUGCGAGCCAUCCAAUCUAAAGCUGAAAAAUCACGUGGACUAUGGCAGCCAUUCACAGCUCUUCUCGGAGACCUUCCAAGUGUUGAUGUGAAGAAGAACGUGAUUGUCACAAUAUCUUCAGACAAGGGUCUUUGUGGUGGAAUAAAUUCUACAGCGGUCAAGAUCAGCAGGGGACUUCAUAAGUUGAACUUUGGUCCUGAAAAAGAGUGUAAAUAUGUCAUUUUGGGAGAGAAAGCCAAGGCCCAGCUCUUGCGGGACUCAAGGCAAGACAUUGAGUUAUCGAUGACAGAGUUGCAGAAAAAUCCUCUCAACUACACUCAGGUAGCUAUGCUUGCAGAUGAUAUCUUGAAGAAUGUGGAGUAUGAUGCACUAAGGAUCGUAUACAGCAAGUUCCAUUCAGUCGUGUCGUUUUUACCAUCAGUUUCAACUGUACUAUCUCCCGAGCUUGUUGAGAGAGAAGCUGAAGCUGGGGGGAAACUCGUGGAACUUGAUUCCUAUGAAUUUGAAGGUGCUGAGACAAAGUCCGAGGUGCUUCAAAAUCUCACCGAGUUCCAGUUUUCCUGCGUGAUGUUCAAUGCAGCGUUGGAAAAUGCUUGCAGCGAGCAGGGUGCGAGAAUGUCAGCCAUGGAUAGCUCGAGCAGGAAUGCAGGAGAGAUGCUCGAUAGACUAACGCUCACUUAUAACAGAACUCGUCAAGCAUCCAUCACUACUGAAUUGAUAGAGAUCAUAUCUGGAGCAUCAGCGCUGGAGGGUUGAUCGAAGAAGAUAUAUAUGAGUUCAAGAUAAAGCAUUAUUUUGAUUGUUGGAUAAUAAUCUGCUAUGCUAAUUCAUGCAGAGAUAGCAGCUUACUUUCUCCUUCUGCUGAGAAAUCCCGCCGACGGUGUGACAGUUUUUUAAUAAAUGUUUUGUGUACACAAAGAUGUUAAAGCACAGUUUGAUGAAUCUCACGGUUUUUAUUUAA